AUGUUUUUAAAUUUUAUUGAUUUAAAAGCUCAUAGUCAUAUUGAAGCUGAUUUUGAUUUAGCAAUAUUACAAGCACUUCUUAAUGUAACAUCCAAUGAUGAUUCAUUCGAAACAAAUAAAGAACAAAAACGUGAACAAUUAAAUUUAGCAUUUGAAUGGAAACGAAUUGAUAUUAUUAAAAAUUUUAUUAUGAAAGAUGAAAAAGAUUGGAAAAAAAUUGAAUUAAAUGAUUUAUUUGAAAAAGCUCUUGUUCAAAAUCAAACAAGUUUUAUUCAAUUAUUUCUUGAUCAUGAUUUUCCGUUAAAUGAUUUAUUUGAAGAUUAUGAGAAACUUGUGACUCUUUAUAAAAAUGAAAAUUAUGAUAUAACUGAGGAUUUUAAUAAUCCAUUACGAGCAAUAUAUAAAGAAAUAAUUCAACCAUUACUUGGAGAUUUUUUUCAAAUUGAUGCGAUUUUUCCAACGGAUGAUUUACCAUUGAAUAAUCAAACAAAAAGUGCGGCUUUAAUUGCAACAUUACUUUAUAAGAGUAAAGCACGAAAAGAAAAAGAUGAAAGUUUUAUUGAAUGGGCUGAUGAAUUUCAAAAUUUAGCUGUAGAAAUUCUUGAAAAAUUUUAUUCAACAAAUCCAUAUGAAUGUACUCAAGCAAUAAUAAGAGAAAUUCCACAAUUUGGUAAUGUCACAUGGUUACAUUUAGCUGUUAUGGCCGAAGCAAAAUUAUUUAUUGCACAAAAAGCAAUACAAGAUGUUCUAAGUGAUAUUUGGUAUGGAUAUAUUAAUCAUCGAGUAGGAAAUAAGAAAAUAGUAUUAGCAAGUUUAAUACCAUUUUAUAGUGGAUUUCUUCAUUAUCAUAAAGAAUUAGUUGAAGGAAGUGAAAAAUGUAAAAAAAGUGAUAACUUCGAAGAUACAUCCAAUUUUUUUCAAUAUCGUUCGUCACGAUCAAGAUCUACUAGUGAUAGUGGAUCAGAUCCUGUAUGUACGAAAUUAAUGGAUGAUUUUUCAGAUGAAGAUGAAUCUGUUAUUAUUGCAAACAAUAAUUCUUGGGAAAGUAUAAAAUGUGAUAUGAAUCAAUAUAUUAAAAAUGUUUUAAUGUUUCUUCAUGCUCCAUAUGUUAAAUAUCUUUACAACGUAUAUUCUCAUAUGAUAUUUUUAAUGUUAUUUUCCUAUGUUAUAUUAUUUGAUUUUUUUCCAAUAUAUGAUUUUAUAUCUGAUAAAUGUCUUCCAAGUAUUGAAGAACUUCGUGAUAAUCGUAUAUCAAUAAAUAAUACUCAAAAACGAUUGUUUUCAAAUCGAACAAAACAAAAAAUAAAAGUUACUGCAAUUCCAUCAGUAGAAUAUGGUUUUCAAUGGCAUCAUCGACCAAGAACAACUGAAUUAAUACUUAUUAUUUGGAUGUUUACUUUAUUUUGUGAAGAAAUUCGUCAAAUAAUUGCAAUGGAAGUUCAAUCAGUAUAUGGAAAAUUGGUAGCAUAUUUUUCAAUAAUUUGGAAUAAAUUAGAUGUUUUAGCUAUAAGUUUAUUUUUUAUUGCAUUUGUACUUCGAUUAUUACCAAUAAAUCAAUGUUUUUGUGGUGCAAGAGUUCUAUUAGCUCUUGAUUUAUCUAUUUGGUAUAUAAGAACACUUGAUAUGUUUUCUGCUAUAAAACGGCUUGGACCGAAACUAGUUAUGAUUGGAGAAAUGGUUAAUGAUAUGAAAUUUUAUAUGAUAAUGCUGACUGUAUUUAUAUUAGCAUUUGGUGUACCAUCGUAUAGUUUAAUGUAUGGUGUUCAAGAAUUCUCUUUCCAUACUCCACGUGCUAUUAUUAAUUUAGCUUAUUGGCAAAUAUUUGGUGAAAUUGAAAUACUUGGUGAUAUUGAAAAAAAUUAUGAAAUAAAUGGUUAUAUUGUUUUUAUUCUUUUAAUUGCAUAUAUGACUGUUGCAAGUGUUCUUCUAAUUAAUCUUCUCAUAGCUAUGUUCAGUAAUACAUUUGAUCGUUUACAUAUGGAUACAGAUUGUAUAUGGAAAUUUCAACAUUAUUCAUUAGUAUCUUAUUAUUUAACUCGUCCAACUCUUCCACCACCAUUAGUCGCAUUUUCACAUAUUUAUCGUAUAACAAUUUAUUUUUUCUCACAUAUUUGUAAAAUCAAAUGGUUUCAAACAAAAUAUUUACAACAUACAAAUCGAGCAAAAUUUAAAAUAAGUGCCGAUGAAGUCUUAACAAAACAAAUUGAAGGAAUUGAAGAUGCAUUAGGAAAUGAAGUUUAUUUUUUUUCAUUAAAAACUGAAAGAAAACAACUUGAUCGUCAAAAUGAUUUAUAUGAACAACGAGUACAUUCUCCACAAGAAAUUGUAUUGAAUAAAAUAAAAAUACUUGAAAAUCAAGUUCUUACAAUACAAAAUCAACAAGUUAAUAUGUUUGAAUAUAUGGAAUAUUUAAUGAAUGGGAUCAAAAAAAUUGGUGGUGAUGAUAUUGAAAUGCCAAAACGAUCUAGUCCUAGUGCAGAAUUAAUUUCUUCAUCUUCUUGGACUCUUAAGGCAUCUGAUGCAACUAUUGGUGAUGAUGAUCAUCAAUGUCACUUUCAGAGAAAUCGCGUUAUUUCUGAUUUGAAUGCUUGUCUUACAUCAUGUGAUCAACUCUCCGGAUGCAAUGUAGCCAAUUAUAAUGCUGCACAAAAGAUGUGUAAUCUUAAUAGAUGUAAUACUUUGUCACCGUCAAUUUCAAACGGCUAUAAAGGAUAUCAGUCAUGGAUGAAAAAUCCUACAGCUUCAUCUUCUUGGACUUUGUUUGCAUCUGAUAAGACUAUCGCUGAUUCAAAAUGUCCCUCGAUCAGCUUUACUUUACCUGCUAAUCUGGAUGCUUGUCUCACGUCAUGUGAUCAAAUCGCCGAAUGCAAUGCAGCCGUUUAUAAUAAUAACGCAAAUACCUGUACCCUUCGAAAAUGUAGCACUUUAUCACCAACAACUAUAAAGGAUAACUCUGCAGGUUUUAAUACAUGGAUCAAAAAGUCUACAGAUCCGACAUAUACAUCAAAAGCAUUCUUAUACAUUCUUAAUCACGGUGGUUAUGCUAUACUGAGUGCUGGAAGAAAUCCAUAUGAUCCUUAUGAUUUUUAUCUGAAUGACAGCGCUAUUAAUUAUCGUAGAGAACAAUUACAUAACGAUCUCAUAGAACACUCCUAUCUCUUUUCAACUAUUCGAGGUGUUUACGAUGGCAUCGAAGAAAUUAGUUUUCUUGUUUCACUAUUCAAUAGUAGCCUCGAGCAAAUAUAUGAGAUAGUAAAGUUUGGAAUAAAAUACAAUCAAGAGAGUGUAAUCUAUGUUGGUCAAGAACGACAUCAAUCACUUGUUGAACAGCAAUUAAUCUAUAUUAAUGGAAAAUUCAAUGGUACCUAUAUAAGUGGAAAUGGCUACAAAAUCUUUUCUUCAUCAUCUUCAACAAUCGAUAAUUAUAGUGAAAUUGAUGUUUGCCCAAACAAUAAGUUUUCAUUUACAUUAAAAUUUGAUUUUAGUUAUUUGUAUAAAGACAAUCGUCAACGUCUUGUUAAAACAAACAAAAAAGAACCUGUCAAGCAAGCGAAUUAUAUGCAACAAUGGCAAAAAUUAUUUUUUUUUGCAUAA